AUGUUCAGUGUCACACCUGUCAUCCCUCCAGGUGAGAUGCACCUGAACAACUACAACUACCUGGCGUUAGUCGUUGGCGUCCCACUGAUCCUGCUCAUCAUUAUGGGAAACGUCCUGGUGUGUCUGAGCGUGCUCACUGAGCGCUCACUGCAGACCGCCACCAACUACUUCAUCAUCAGCUUGGCGGUCGCGGACCUGCUGCUCGCUGUGCUCGUGCUGCCGCUCUUCGUCUACUCAGAGGUCAGAGUUCACCGUCACCAGGUGACUGCACACCUGGAGGACUCACACCUUUGAUUUCAGGUGCAUGUUGGUUCACUGCAGGCUUGUGUUUGUGAGAUCAUCAGUGUGUCUUUCUGUGUCUGUAGUUCCUGGGAGGUGUCUGGACUCUGAGCACCUUUACCUGUGACGCUCUGAUGACCAUGGAUGUGAUGCUGUGUACAGCCUCUAUCCUCAACCUGUGUGCUAUCAGCGUGGACAGGUGAGUGUACCUGAGCGUGACCCUCUGUGCUGUGGUUUGAAGUGGUCUGAUGUGACGUGGUUUUGUCUGGUUAUGCUGAUCUGUUGUGGUCUGUUGAGGUCUCUUCUGGUUGGAUGUUGUCUGUUGUGGUCUGAUAUGAACUUAUGUGGUCUGUGUGGUCUAUUUGUGUUGCGUUUAGGUACAUUGCUGUUGUGGUCCCCCUGGAGUACAACAGGAACCACUUCAGUGUCCGCCAGCUGUCACUUAUCACCGCCACCUGGCUGCUGUCUCUAGGCGUGGCCAGUCCGGUGAUCUUUGGUCUGAACCAGGUUCCGGGUCGGGAUCCAAGUGUGUGCAGACUGGAGGACGAGCAGUUUGUGGUGUACUCAUCAGUGUGCUCAUUCUUUGUACCAUGCCCCGUUAUGCUCUUCCUGUACUACUUGAUGUUUCGGGGUCUGCAGCGUUGGAGUGGGCGGAGCCGUACUCAGGGGGUUCAGGCUGCUCGUCCAGCUUUAUCUCUGCAUCUGGGCUCGGUUCUGAAGCAAGCUAAAUCCACAGCUACAGAAAGUCAAGAUAAAGUUCUGCAAACUACCCAAACAGGCCAAAGUCUCAUUUCUCCAUCUUCCAUCUCCAUGACAACACAGUCUGCGACCCCAGUGGCAGACAGGCAGUGGGAUCAGGUGGCAGUAGCGGUGGAAAGCGACCCUAUGACCACACAUGUAGAAAUCAUGUCAGACGUAGAGAUCACUGAGGUUACAGAAGGCAGCAGGAAGAGGGACAGCCUAAUGAGGAAGAACGCCGCAAAAAGAGGAAGAAGAGCCAGCAAGAGUAGCCGGGUCAGCGGGCGGGAAAGGAAGGCGAUGAGGGUACUUCCUGUUGUUGUUGGUGAGUGUUUGACAUCCUUCAGAUGAUUCAAACAAAAGGGUUUCAUCAGGUUAUCUUUGAAAUGACUGUCUAAAAAAUAUCACCAGAUGAAAGUCUAAUUAAUCUCAGAUUAUCACCAUAUUAUUUUCAGAUUAAAUUUGGAGAACUCAAGGUUUGAAGGUAAAUGUGAUUAGGUUGGAUACAUUCAACAUAGUGAGUAAAACACAUGGAACAAAAUCAUAUAGUUUUAUGUGUAAAGUAAACAAAUAGGCAUUUAGAAUAAAAGCAGAGGACCAGAAACUAUACCCUGGGGUACUCCGGUUCAGUUCAGGUCAUAGUAUUACUCUUAUUUAAUUUUAAUAAGAUUAGAUUAGAUCAUCAGAUUACUUUGAUGUAUCAGUAGUUCUGGUGAUUAUUAUUAUAAUUGUCAUAUUUUAAGGAUAUACCGUGUUAAGUUGUACUAAAAACAGAGAGCCCAUUAGCAGGUGAGGUCUGUUGAGGUGCCUCUGAACGGUGGACUUGGUUUCCUCCUCACGCUCUUCAUGUUUCAUGUUUAACACAAAAGCUGUGGUCAUUAGUAAAAAUAGAAACUGAAUCUAUCUAAUCUCCCUGGAAACCACUUUCUUGUCUCCGUAGCAGAUUUACACACACACGCGCGCACACACUCUCUCUCUCUUUCUCUCACUCUUGCAUUCGCUCUAAUUUGCUAAUUAAGUCUGUGUUGUUUGUUUUAUAGUUUUAUUGUGAGAAAGAACAGUUUAGAUUUUGAAGGUGAACCUGCUGCAGAGGAGAAGCAGCUCAAACAUGAUGUUAAAUGAACUCCAAAGUGGUUCUGAUCAUAGACAUCCUGGAGUGUUUUUGCAGGUGAACAGGUAUGAAGAGGUAAAAACACAGAGCAGAAAGUAUACCCUCUUCUGAUUGAUCACAGUGAUGAUGAUGAUGAGUGGAUGAAGGUUUAGCUGUCAGGAAAUGUUUUUAAACAGGCUCUUUAAACAACUCAAUGUUCAUGAAUUCAAUAAACACAUUUUGAUAAUUAUGUUUUAGGAAUAUGUUGAUCUGAAAUGUAUAGAAACAAACUCAAACUCAACAAACACACUCUUUUUUGUUACAUUUUGUUCUGUUAAAUAAGGAAAAUCAUGAAUUACUCAGAUGCCAUAUUCAUGUGAUUAAACCUCUGGUAUAGGUCUAACUCCUGGAACACAAUGUUAAUCUGAUCUCAGUUUUUAAAUCCAUUUAACCAUAUUUACAGACAUGAUAUAGUUCCUGUUGCAAGAUCAUCAAAAUAAGUCUGUAUGCAGAUGAUAAAUGUUUGUAUUUAUGAUUUUGUGUUAUAUUCUAUACAUAAUGAUUUGAUAUUUUAUUGCAUUUAUACUAUUUUUGAUGAAAAUCAUUUAAAUCAUGAUAUAUAUUUUUAAAUUACAUUGUCCCACUUCAGAUUUCUCUCUCAUCCUCUGCAACUGUUUCUGUGUCCAGGUGUGUUUCUGGCCUGCUGGACACCUUUCUUCAUCGUCCAUGUCACUAAGGUGUUGUGUCGGUCAUGUGACAUCGGGCCCACCCUCAUCUCCGUGGUAACAUGGCUUGGCUAUGUCAACAGCGCCGUAAACCCAAUAAUCUAUACAGCCUUUAACAUUGAGUUCAGGAACGUGUUUCACAAACUGCUCUGCUGUCGGGCAUUAAACUAA